CUUGUAUUAAUUGUGAUUUACCCUCCUUCUGUGAGAUGCAAAUUUGAAGGACGUGAUAAGUUACUAUUCAUGAACGUUUAAAGAAUUCUUAUUUUUUGUUUACAUGAUUUGUAAAUAAUUACCAAAACAUCAUUUAUACGUUUGUCAUAUGUACAAUUCUGCAUAAAAUAACCUAAUUUUUGUAUUAACCACUUCUGUAUGGCGCAUAUUGAGUAGAAGUAUUUAUGUGGUUGUAAUUUUUGCAUGUAAAUAAACGUUGUUUACUUAAGGCAGUACAAAUUCCACAGAUAAGAUGAAACUUUUUAACAGAUAUGUAGCACUAAUAUGACAUUAUUUAUUACCAACUGGCAUUAAUAUCCGUUACCAACGACACGGUCUACCGAUUUAAUCGACUUCCAAUAAAUUUGUAUUUUAUUCGUUUAAUUAAUAUUUCAUACGGGAAUAAAAGAUCUUGUAACAAAUGAAACAUUUUGUAUAUACAUAAUUGUGAAUCUACAUGGGCGUAAUACAUACGUUAAGAUAAAGUAGAAAAACUAAAAUAAAUUUUAGUACAAUUAACGAAACAAGUACAUAUAAUCAAGUUUUCCUAUUAAAACGGUCGAUUUAAAGAAUUGUUGGUAAAACAACGAGAAAGAAUAGUAGAAUUACGAAAGUGAAUAAAGUUCGAUAAAACUGCCAUGUUUUCACCCCACCGUCUCAUAAAAAAGAACCUGCAAUUUAUAAGUGCAGUUUGCAUCGAAUCCGCUAGUAGUAACGGUGCUUCGUCGCAGUUACUUUCGUCAAAAAUCAAUCAAUCGAUACACCCACUUGUUAGAACAUUUUCUGUUUCCACUGUAGUAAUGGCUAAAAUAAAGGUUGGACCUGUCGUUGACAUUUUAGGAGAUGAAAUGACACGUGUCAUAUGGGAUGCCAUUAAGGAGAAACUUAUUUUACCUUAUUUAGAUAUUGAAUUACACACUUACGAUCUGGGUAUUGAAAAUCGGGAUGCAACCGAUGAUCAAGUAACCAUAGACUGUGCAGAGGCUAUUAAGAAAUAUAAUGUAGGAAUAAAAUGUGCCACUAUCACACCUGACGAGAAACGAGUGGAAGAAUUUAAAUUAAAACAAAUGUGGAAAAGUCCCAAUGGUACUAUUAGAAAUAUUUUAGGCGGUACAGUUUUCCGUGAAGCAAUUAUUUGUAAGAAUAUACCGCGUCUGGUAACUGGCUGGUCUAAACCCAUUAUUAUUGGUAGACACGCUCAUGCAGAUCAGUAUAAAGCUAUAGACUUUUUGGUACCAGGCCCGGGUAAACUGGAAAUUACAUGGACGGGAGAUAAUGGAGAGAAAAUUCAACAUACUGUCCAUACUUUUAAGGGAGCUGGUAUCGCGCAAGCUCAGUACAAUACAGAUGAAAGUAUUUGUGCCUUUGCUCACAGCUCUUUCAAAUAUGCUCUUUCAAGAAAUUAUCCACUGUAUCUUUCUACAAAAAAUACGAUUCUUAAGAAAUACGAUGGCAGAUUCAAAGAUAUUUUCCAAGAAGUAUACGAGAAAGAAUAUAAAGCACAAUUUGAGGCGAAAAAACUUUGGUAUGAACAUCGUUUAAUAGACGAUAUGGUAGCGUAUGCGAUGAAAUCAGAAGGUGGUUUUGUGUGGUCUUGUAAAAAUUAUGACGGAGAUGUUCAGUCCGACUCCGUGGCACAAGGGUACGGAUCCCUAGGUUUAAUGACUUCAGUUUUACUUUGUCCGGAUGGACGUACCGUAGAAACAGAAGCUGCACACGGUACAGUUACAAGGCACUACCGUCAAUAUCAGCAAGGGAAAGAAACAUCAACCAAUCCGGUUGCUUCGAUAUUCGCAUGGACACAGGGUUUGGUUUAUCGUGCCAAACUGGAUAAUAAUCGACUUAAGAGAUUUGCAGAAACCUUAGAGGUAGUUUGCAUAAAUACUAUUGAAUCUGGUUACAUGACAAAGGAUCUUGCAAUUUGCAUCAAAGGAUUGAAUAAUGUUACAAGAUCUAGUUAUUUAGAAACAUUUGAAUUCCUUGAUAAAUUGGCAGAAAAUCUGCAGAAGCAAGUCAAGAAGUGACUACGUUACGAUCGUUCUGAUGUAAUGCAAUCAAAGUAUUAAACAUAUUUAACAAGAACAACGUUACUGGUUAUAGGGAAUGAAACUGCAUUUAUACAUACUAUAUAUACAUACAUAUAUUGUAACCCUUAAAAAGGCGUACAUUUGAAUAUUUGAAAUGGAUAUACUGUAACUAAAAUUGUAAAAAUGUAUUAAAAAGUUUUCUUUUAAUAUUA